AUGUCUACCAAAUCUCCGCUCUUGGUGGACUCUUCCGCAGCAUCGCCCGGCUUAGUCGCGACAGAUCUGAUUGACGACUUAGAAACCACAAGUGUCGAGGAAUCACUGAACUCGGUAAGACAUUAUGGGUCCAUAGCCAUUCAGAAGUCGGAACCAAGCGUAUCGCCAACUCGGCUCAAAAUCAUACUAGGGUGUUUAUUUGUUAACGUGUUCCUAUCUGCUCUUGACUCUACCAUCGUCGCUACACUUCUAAGUAUCAUUGCUAGCGAUCUCAACGCACUACCAUACUUGUCAUGGAUAGCUACAAGUUACCUGCUAGCAUGUUCCGCAUUCCAACCACUGUUUGGUAAAAUAUCGGACAUCUUUGGUCGCAAAAGUAUCACUGUCUUUUGUGCGUUGUUGUUUGCCUUUGGCUGUCUCUUCUGCGGAAUCACAAACUCUUUCUGGGUUUUUGCUAUCGGCAGAUUCAUCACUGGGAUUGGUGGUGGAGGGUUUAAUACCCUCUCAACAAUAACUUUAUCCGACCUCAUAGAAACAAGACAGAGAGGUUUGUACCAAGGCUACAUGAAUAUAGCCUUUGGAAUGGGAACAGCGAGUGGAGGUGUUAUCGCUGGUAUCUUUCAAAACUUUUUCGGAUGGAGAUCUGCGUUUCUGAUUCAGUUUCCGAUCUGUAUUUUAUCUGGAGCACUGGUGCUCUUAUUCUUGGAGCUUCCAGAUGGAUCACCAGGAAGAGGAGUCCAAGGAUCUUCUAUAUGGAAAAAGUUAAAACACAUGGACUUCAUUGGAUCGAUAUUGCUGGUCGCAUCUUUGCUUUUUCUCAUGUACGCCGCAUCUUCUGGUGGAAGAGAUUUCCCUUACUCCAGCAAACAAUUCAUUAUACCAGUGGUGUUGGGAACAACUCAGAUAAUCAUAUUUUACUUUUAUGAACUAAAAGUGGCUUCCCAGCCAGUUAUUCCCGUUCAACUGCUACACAAUAGAACCGUUUUGAGCUCCUCAUUAAACUGCUGGUUCAUUUCCAUGAAUGUAUUCUCAAUUUUGUACUUUGUGCCGCUCUACUGGUUAGUGGUCAAAGAUUUGUCAUCUAUUGAUAGUGGAAACAGACUUCUUCCCUCAGCUGUUGCAAUUUCUCUUGGGUCCGUUUAUGCUGGCUACCGUAUCAAAAAGACUGGGAAAUACAAAAACGCCUUACUAUUUUACGGAGCACUGACUACUCUCGGAAGCAUUCUUGUUUACUUGCUGACUCCCUCAAGUAGUGCACUCUUUGAAUACUUGGUUCUUGUCCCCAGCAGAUUUGGAACCGGCGCCGUUAUCACUGUUGAUCUGAUUGCAAUGAUCUCCUCUGUUCUCCCCGAAGAACAGGCACUAGUGACAUCUAUCCAAUAUGGAUUUCGGUCUACAGGAUCAACGCUUGGAGUUGCCAUCGCAUCAGCAAUUUUUCAAGGCUUUCUUCUCAAAGAUAUGAAAUUCAAUAUCUCACAUCUCGAACACAUCCCGGAUAAAUACAAGAGCGAUCCAGAUAAGCUUCAAAUUAUUAUUGAGAAGGCAUUACAAAGUACCUCCUACAUUCGGUCUGGGUGCCCAGAGUUUGCCCGUGAAGCAAUAAUUUCUGCAUAUAGCUCGUCCACUCAUAUGGUUUUUGUUUUUGUUGUUGUGACUGGAUUAAUUGCUACCUUGUGUUCCUACUUCAUUGAGGAAAAUAGUUUGGAGAGAUAA